CUUGUCUGGUAGGUUUAAAUUUGAGGAGGAAGUAAAUGAAAAAGAUAUAAGCGAUUACGGUUUUCGCCCGGGAAAGCUGGCAGCUACCAGCCCCGCCUCCGCAGAGUGAGAUUAUGAAGGUCGUGAACCUAAAGCAAGCCAUUUUGCAAGCCUGGAAAGAGCGAUGGAGUGAUUACCAGUGGGCCAUCAACAUGAAGAAAUUCUUUCCCAAAGGAGCCACUUGGGACAUUCUCAACCUGGCAGAAGCACUGCUGGAGCAGGCCAUGAUUGGACCUUCCCCCAACCCUCUCAUCCUGUCCUACCUGAAGUAUGCCAUUAGUUCCCAGAUGGUGUCCUACUCCUCCGUCCUCACCGCCAUCAGUAAGUUUGAUGACUUUUCCCGGGACCUGUGUGUCCAGGCACUGCUGGACAUCAUGGACAUGUUUUGUGACCGACUGAGUUGCCACGGCAAAGCGGAGGAGUGCCUGGGGCUGUGCCGAGCCCUGCUCAGUGCCCUCCACUGGCUGCUGCGCUGCACUGCAGCCUCUGCCGAGCUACUGCGGGAGGGCCUGGAGGCGGGCACUCCAGCCGCGGGCGAAAAGCAGCUGACCAUGUGCCUGCAGCGUCUGGAGAAGACCCUGAGCAGCACCAAGAACCGGGCCCUGCUCCACAUUGCCAAACUGGAGGAGGCCUCAUUGCACACAUCCCAGGGACUGGGGCAGGGUGGCACCCGAGCCAAUCAACCAACAGCUUCAUGGACUGCCAUCGAGCAUUCCCUCUUGAAGCUUGGGGAGAUCCUGGCCAAUCUCAGCAGCCCCCACCUCCGGAGCCAGGCGGAGCAGUGUGGCACCCUCAUCAGGAGCAUCCCCACGAUGCUCUCUGUGCACUCGGAGCGGCUGCACAAGACGGGCUUCCCCACGGUCCACGCGGUGGUGCUGCUCGAAGGGACCAUGAACCUGACCGGCGAGACGCAGCCCCUGGUGGAGCAGCUGAUGAUGGUGAAGCGCAUGCAGCACAUCCCCACCCCGCUCUUUGUCCUGGAGAUCUGGAAAGCUUGUUUUGUGGGUCUCAUCGAGUCCCCCGAAGGCACAGAGGAGCUCAAGUGGACCGCCUUCACUUUCCUCAAGAUUCCCCAGGUUUUGGUGAAGUUGAAGAAAUACUCCCAUGGGGACAAGGACUUUACGGAGGACGUCAAUUGUGCUUUUGAAUUCCUGCUGAAGCUCACGCCCUUGCUGGACAAAGCUGACCAGCGCUGCAACUGUGAUUGUACCAAAUUUCUCCUUCAAGAAUGUAGCAAGCAGGGGCUUCUGUCUGAAGCCUGUGAGACAAACCUUGUGGCCAAGCGCACGGCUGACCGGGAGCAUGCACCGCAGCUGAAAUCCGCAGAAAACGCCAACAUCCAGCCCAAUCCCGGGCUGAUCCUCCGGGCAGAGCCCACUGUCACCAACAUCCUCAAGACGAUGGAUGCUGACCACUCCAAGUCCCCAGAGGGGCUCCUGGGGGUCCUUGGCCACAUGCUGUCUGGGAAGAGUCUGGACUUGUUGCUGGCUGCUGCUGCCGCCACGGGGAAGCUGAAAUCCUUUGCCCGGAAGUUCAUCAACCUGAAUGAAUUCACGACGCAUGGCAGCGAGGAGAGCACCAAAGCAGCCUCCGUGCGGGCCUUGCUGUUCGACAUCUCCUUCCUGAUGCUGUGCCACGUGGCCCAGACCUACGGCUCAGAGGUGAUCCUGUCUGAGCCGAGCGCACGCGCUGAGGUGCCCUUCUUUGAGACCUGGAUGCAGACCUGCAUGCCCGAGGAGGGCAAGGUCCUGAACCCCGACCACCCCUGCUUCCGGCCAGACUCCACCAAGGUCGAGUCCCUGGUGGCCCUGCUCAACAACUCCUCCGAGAUGAAGCUGGUGCAGAUGAAGUGGCACGAAGCCUGUCUGAGCAUCUCGGCAGCCAUCUUGGAGAUCCUCAACGCCUGGGAGAACGGCGUGCUGGCCUUCGAGUCCAUCCAGAAAAUCACGGACAACAUCAAGGGCAAGGUGUGCAGCCUGGCGGUGUGUGCCGUGGCCUGGCUGGUGGCCCACGUGCGGAUGCUGGGCCUGGACGAGCGGGAGAAGUCCCUGCAGAUGAUCCGCCAGCUGGCAGGGCCUCUGUACAGUGAGAACACCCUGCAGUUCUACAACGAGAGGGUGGUGAUCAUGAGCUCCAUCCUGGAGCACAUGUGUGCUGAUGUGCUGCAGCAGACGGCCACCCAGAUCAAGUUCCCCUCCACGGGCGUGGACACCAUGCCCUACUGGAACCUGCUGCCCCCCAAGCGACCCAUCAAAGAGGUGCUGACGGAUGUCUUUGCCAAGGUGCUGGAGAAGGGCUGGGUGGACAGUCGCUCCAUCCACAUCUUUGACACCCUGUUGCACAUGGGCGGCGUCUACUGGUUCUGUAACAACCUAGUGAAGGAGCUGCUGCGAGAGACGCGGAAGGAGCAUGCCCUGCAGGCCGUGGAACUCCUCUACUCCAUCUUCUGCCUGGACAUGCAGCAGCUCACUCUGGUCCUCCUCGGCCACAUCCUGCCCGGGCUGCUCACCGACUCCUCCAAGUGGCACAGCCUCAUGGACCCCCCAGGCACUGCCCUUGCCAAGCUGGCCGUGUGGUGCGCCCUGAGCUCCUACUCCUCCCACAAGGGCCAGGCAUCCUCCCGCCAGAAGAAGAGGCAUCGGGAAGACAUCGAGGAUUACAUCAGCCUCUUCCCCCUGGACGACAUGCAGCCGUCCAAGCUGAUGCGUCUGCUGAGCUCCAGUGAGGACGACGCGAACAUCCUCUCCAGUCCCACUGACCGGUCCAUGAGCUCCUCCUUCUCCGCCUCCCAGCUCCACACAGUCAAUAUGAGAGGCCCGCUGAACCGGGUGCUGGCCAACCUGUUCCUGCUCAUCUCCUCCAUCCUGGGCUCUCGGACCGCGGGCCCCCACACCCAGUUUGUGCAGUGGUUCAUGGAGGAGUGUGUGGACUGCCUGGAGCAGGGCAGCCGGGGAAGCAUCCUGCAGUUCAUGCCCUUCACCACGGUGUCCGAGCUGGUGAAGGUGUCGGCCAUGUGCAGCCCCAAGGUGGUGCUGGCCAUCACAGACCUCAGCCUGCCUCUGGGCCGCCAGGUGGCUGCCAAAGCUAUUGCCGCCCUCUGAGGGCCUGGGAGGGCCUCCAGCCCCUGGGGACAGAGGAGACACCCUUGCGCACAGCUGCCUGACCAGGAGCCUUUCUUCCUCCAGAGCCUGACCUGCUCCUCGGGUGCCCCCUCUUAGCGUCUCCCCGUGGGUGUCCCCAUUUCCUCUCUGAGUGUGACCAACAGGUGUUGCUUCUGAGCCCCUGCAGGCUCCGCCCAGGAAGAACUUUACAGAUGCCGUGUGUGUGUGUGUGUGUGUGUGUGUGUGUGUGUUAUAUUUAUACGAGGGGAUGUUCACUGCUCUCCGCUCCUUUUUAAAUAAAGAGCCUCUCGGGCCCCUUUGUGA